AUGCUGCUUAGCUGGGGGAGCGCGAGGGGGGAAAUAACCCGGGCGCCACCCUGUCCCCAGGGCCCCUCCACACACACACGCGCGCACCCCACGGAUCGAUAUUUGGCUGCCUUGCUGCAACUUGCUGCAGUCUUGCAAAGGAGUAGUGGGAGUGAGAGGGGGGAGGAAAGGGGAAACUGGCAGGAAGGGGGCAAGGAGCCACACAUGUCACAUGUGCUUUCUAAGCCGCCCGGGAGCAUCUGCAAGCUGGAGCUGGUGGAGGAUGCUGCGGCAGGUGAUCCACAGAGGGCUUCAGUCGUUUUGCUACAAGCUGGGCUUGUUCGUGAGCAGGCAUCCGGUGUUUUUCCUCACUGUGCCCGCAGUCCUGACCAUCAUCUUCGGCUUCAGCCUGCUCAACCGCUUCCAGUCUGAAAGGGACCUGGAGACGCUGGUAGCCCCCAGCCACAGCCUGGCCAAGAUCGAGCGGAGCUUAGCCAGCAGCCUUUUCCCCCUGGAGCAGUCCAAAAGCCAGCUCUAUUCGGACUUGCACACCCCGGGGAGGUAUGGCAGGGUGAUCCUCCUCUCCAAACCUGGAGGCAAUAUUUUGCAUCAGGCUGAUGUGAUCCUGCAGAUCCACCGAGCCGUGCUGGAAAUGAAGGAUGGAAGGAGCAGUUUUAUUGGACACCAGCUUGGAGGGGUCAUGGAGGUGCCAAACAGCAAGGACCAGCGAGUGAAGUCAGCCAGAGCCAUCCAGAUCACCUACUACCUCCAAACCUAUGGCUCUGUUGCCCAGGGCCUCAUUGGUGAAAAAUGGGAGAGUGAAUUCUGUAAACUGAUGCGCAAGCUGCAGCUGGAUCACCAAGAUCUGCAGCUCUACUCGCUGGCAUCCUUUAGUCUUUGGAAGGACUUCCACAAGACCAGCCUCCUGGCCAAGGGCAAGAUCUUAGUGAGCCUGAUGCUCAUUCUACUGAUUGCUAUGCUCUCGAGCUCCAUGAAGGACUGCCUGCGAGGCAAACCUUUCCUGGGAUUAUUGGGAGUAUUUACAAUCUGCAUCUCCAGUGUCACUGCAGCAGGGAUAUUUUUCAUUACUGAUGGAAAAUAUAACUCUACACUGCUGGGAAUCCCCUUCUUCGCAAUGGGUCAUGGAACCAAAGGAGUGUUUGAACUUCUUUCAGGAUGGCGCAGAACCAGAGAGAACCUUCCAUUCAAGGAUAGGGUAGCAGACACCUAUUCCGAUGUCAUGGUCUCCUAUACAAUGACGAGCUCCUUGUACUUCAUAGCCUUUGGUAUGGGUGCCAGCCCUUUCACCAACAUCGAGGCUGUGAAAGUUUUCUGCCAGAACAUGUGUGUCUCCAUCCUGUUGAACUACUUCUAUAUCUUCUCCUUCUUUGGCUCUUGCUUGGUCUUUGCUGGGCAGUUGGAACAGAACCGUUACCACAGUAUCUUCUGUUGUAAAAUCCCUUCAGCAGAAUACCUGGAGAGGAAACCUAUGUGGUUCCAAACCAUGAUGAGUGACGGCCAUCAGCACACUUCUCAUCAUGAGACUGACCCCUACCAGAAUCACUUCAUCCAGCAUUUCCUACGAGAGCAUUACAAUGAAUGGAUUACUAACAUCUACGUCAAGCCAUUUGUGGUGAUACUGUAUCUCAUUUAUGCCUCUUUCUCCUUUAUGGGGUGCUUACAGAUCAGUGAUGGGGCCAACAUCAUCAACCUCCUAGCCAGUGAGUCUCCAAGCGUCUCCUAUGCCCUCAUUCAGCAGAAGUAUUUCAGCAACUACAGUCCUGUGAUAGGAUUCUACAUCUAUGAACCUCUUGAAUAUUGGAAUGGCACUGUGCAAGAAGACUUAAAAACACUGAGCCAUGGUUUCAAUACAGUGUCCUGGAUUGAACAAUACUAUCAGUACCUGAGAGUUGGCAACAUCAGCACCACCAACAAAAGUGACUUUAUCAGCAUCCUCCAGACCUCUUUUUUAAAAAAAUCUGAAUUCCAGCACUUCAAAAAUGACAUCAUUUUCUCCAAGGCUGGAGACGAGAACAACAUCAUUGCUUCCCGCAUGUAUCUAGUGGCCAGGACUAGUGAAAACACACAAAGGGAGGUGGUGGAAUUGCUGGAGAAGUUAAGGCCACUAUCUCUAAUACAGAGCAUCAAAUUCAUUGUGUUCAAUCCUACCUUUGUUUUCAUGGACCACUAUGGUUUAUCAGUAACUAUGCCUGUCCUGAUUUCUGGCUUUGGCAUCCUGCUGGUGUUAAUACUGACCUUUUUCCUGGUUAUUCAUCCUCUGGGAAACUUCUGGUUAAUUCUUAGUGUCACCUCAAUAGAGUUGGGUGUGCUAGGCUUGAUGACUUUAUGGAAUGUAGACAUGGAUUGUAUUUCUAUACUGUGCCUUAUCUACACUUUGAAUUUUGCCAUAGAUCACUGUGCACCCCUGCUUUACACAUUUGUACUAGCAACUGAGCACACCCGAACUCAGUGUAUAAAAAACUCCCUCCAAGAUCACGGGACAGCCAUUUUGCAAAAUGUUACUUCUUUCCUUAUUGGGUUGGUCCCCCUUCUCUUUGUGCCUUCAAAUUUGACCUUCACACUGUUCAAAUGUUUGCUGCUCACCAGCAGUUGCACACUACUGCACUGUUUUGUUAUUUUACCCGUCUUCCUAACUUUUUUCCCACCCUCCAAAAAGCACCACAAGAAAAAGAAACGGGCCAAAAGGAAGGAGCGAGAAGAGAUUGAAUGCAUAGAGAUUCAGGAGAAUCCUGAUCAUGUAACAGCAGUCUGA